UCAGCCGAAGCGCCGACGCCAACAAGAUGGACGCCAGGAACCUGGCUGUCUGCAUCUCGCCCAACCUGCUCCCCGUUGAGCCCCUGUCCCUGGAAAAGGUGGAGAAGGUCACGGCCCUGCCGCAGUUCCUCAUCGACGGCCCGCAGUCUCCCGCCGUGGACCCUGCCGAGGAGGACCGGGUCGCUGACAGCACGGACUCCCUAUCGUCACAUGGGCAGGACUCGGCCUAUGACAGCGCAGACCCGGAGGCGGAAGCGGACCCGGCGGCAGACAGACCGCCGUCCCCCGCGGCCGCGCAGGAGAUGGCGGUGGCCACGCCUUCUCGCCGGCCCUCCUGCGGCGCGCCCCGCCGGCGCUCGGAGCCGACCCGUCAGCAUGCGCACGUAGCGGUCCGCUCGGCCAGCAUGCGCACGCCGCUGACGUUCGCCCGGGGCGACCGCUGGCCGGCCGCCAAGCAGGCCUCCUUCCUGUGUCCACCUGGGGGUCAGUAAGAUCCUCAGCGGGUCCCUGUCGUAUGAGCGUUGCAGGACAUCUGUAACGCCAAAGCCCUGCCCAUCUGAGUCCCUGUCCCGGGGUCAGCAGGAGACCA